UCCACAAACGCUGAGCUCGCGCCCGCACCCACCCGCGCACGCACGCGCACUCUCGAGGGACAGGUCGCGUAACCCCGCGGUCUCCGGGAUCUGAGAGCUGGGGACGGGAUCCUGCGACGCGAUGCUGCACCGGAUCGAAGCUCUGAUCUUGCCGGUGAUCGCGCUGAGCUGCGCGAGCGCUGCACGGCUUCCUCCUCGCGGAGAGGCGCUGAACGAUCGGCCGGUGAUCGGUAUUUUAACUCAGGAGGUAACAGACCCUAAUCUACAACAGUAUGGAAGAACCUACAUUCCCUCUUCCUAUGUGAAGUACAUCGAGUCAGGUGGAGCCCGGGUGAUUCCUAUUAGACUGAAUCAGACCAGAGAACAACAUGAAAAAAUCUUCAGGUCAAUCAAUGGGCUUAUUUUCAUCGGAGGUGCGGUGGAUCUGGAAACGUCCGACUUUGCCCACACUGCUGGAAUUUACUUCAGACUCGCUCUUAAGGCCAAUGAUGAGGGUGAUUACUUCCCUAUCUGGGGAACAUGUCUGGGGUUUCAGCUGCUCACGGUCCAGGUGGCGGGAAAGAACCUGCUAAGCAAUACCAUGGCGAACAACAUCGCAAUGCCCUUAAACCUCACCUCAGAGGCCCAGUCCAGCCGCAUGUUUGCGAGUUUUCCUCCAGAGCUGUUCAAGGCGCUGGCAGAGGAACCGCUCACUGGGAAUUUCCACCACUACGGUGUGACGGAGCAGGUCUUUAUUGGAAAUGAGAAACUGAGCAGCUUCUUUACCGUACUGUCCACCAACGAGGCGAAGAACGGCGCUGUCUUCGUCUCGACCAUGGAAGGGAAGAAGUACCCGUUCUACGGCGUCCAGUGGCAUCCAGAGGUGAACCGUUUCCAGUGGCAUCCUCAGUACACUUUUCCUCAUUCCAAAAACGCAGUCCACGUGUCCUCACUGCUGGCCCAGUUCCUGGUGAAUGAAGGAAGGAGAAGCUCUCACCACUUCAGCCAGCCAGAAGAAGAGAGUCAAGCUCUCAUAUACAACUUUACUCCUGUUUAUGCAGCAAACUUCAGUGGAUAUGAACAAAUCUACUUCUUCUAAAUGAAAAGUUGGCAUUUGUUCCUUAUUUUCAUGUUCUAUGUGUUGCUGUUCUUUGAUAUCUAUAUAUAUAUAAUUUUUUUUUUUACUUUUUUGCUCUACCAGAAGAGGGCAGCAUUUAGCCUGUAUAGGGGAAUCAACAAGUACCUCAGUAACACACCUACUGUAUCUCAGCAGUUUUAAAGUGUGCAAGAUACAUUUUAUUAUAAACAAUCUUUUAAAGAUUUAACAAAAUUUUAACAAAACUGUAAAAAAAAAAAAAAAGGUUUUAAAAUAAGAGAAAACUCUGAUUUCAUUGUACAAACUCUGAUUUCAUUGUGAAAAAAACAUUGCACUGAAAAUGAGAAUUCUGUAAUGCUGUAAUUAGAAUUGUAAUAAUAAAAUAAAAUGUAAUUAAUUAAGACGCUAUACAAAACGUAAGUGUCAUUUAAUCAUUUUGUGGGUCCCAGCUCAUUGCAGGGCGCACGCGCGCGCGCGCGCGCGCACACACACACACACUUAUUACAGACAACUUGGAAAUGCUAAUAAGCCUAAUCUGCAUGUCUGUUUAUUUUUGCCCCGGAGCUAGCUAUAAUAUAUACUUAUUAAAAGUCUCAUAACCGUGCUAUCAGGAA